CUUAGAGUUCCCGGAUGUUAAAGGCCACACAUGCUUUAUAAAAGACUGAAGGCGGGAUGUGCUGUUUAAAUUGAAGCCUAAUCAGUGUGGUAGGUUAGUUCUGCGUUCGGACAAAUCACUGCCUGAGGAAGCAUGGCUGGUGGCAAAGCAGGUAAAGAUUCGGGAAAGUCGAAGACAAAAGCGGUUUCCCGCUCCCAGAGAGCAGGAUUGCAGUUUCCUGUAGGUCGUAUUCACAGACAUCUAAAAUCCAGGACCACAAGCCACGGUCGCGUGGGAGCUACAGCCGCAGUGUACAGCGCGGCCAUUCUGGAGUAUCUUACUGCUGAGGUGUUGGAAUUGGCUGGAAAUGCAUCCAAAGAUUUGAAGGUGAAACGCAUUACGCCUCGCCAUUUACAACUGGCCAUUCGAGGCGAUGAGGAACUUGAUUCGCUUAUCAAAGCCACAAUUGCCGGCGGCGGUGUUAUUCCACACAUUCACAAGUCUCUAAUUGGCAAGAAAGGGCAGCAGAAGACUGUGUAAACUCGGACGUGAAUUUGGAUGUUUUUAAA